UACUACCAUGAUGACAUGAGAAAGGUGGUGGUGGAGCACUUGGGGUCCCUGGAGGUCAUAAAGCUGAAUGCCGUCAGUUUGGACAACGUGCUCUGCGACUUCUUCAACCAUAACAUAACAUGGAAAAAUCUGGUGAGCAUGAUGAUGGAUUCUUGUAGCGUCAUGAGAGGUAGCAAGACCGGCAUCGAGACAAGGAUCCUUCUAACCCUGCUCGACAUUGAUGGAGUCUCCUGUCAUCACAUCCACAAUGCAGCAAAGAAGUUUGCAGAGCCCUAGACCACCACCAUGAGCAGCUCUUCAAUGAACAGCACACUGAUCAUCAGCGGUCUCCAGAUCAAUGAUGUACCUCAGGGAUAUAUGUCGGUACCUGAACAUCCCUGCCUCCAAUCCUCAGAGGUUUGUGCCCCAUCGGUGGCUGUCCGCAUAUGAUGUCAGCAUUUCGACACACAGAAUGCUGUACUACGGGUUCCCGAGCAACAAAGAGCAACCAGGAGCUGUAAUAGGACCCACUGGAACACAUUUAUAAAGAACACCACGUGAGCGAGAAGGCACAAACGUGGAUCAAGUCUUUGCACGAGGACCUCAACAGAAAAGGCAUGACACAGCAAGGAAAAGACAGAAAGAAGAGUGACUAGGAAGGUGUGGCAUGAGGGCACUACACCUGACCUACAACUCAGCAUUUACGUGGGUGAUGGAACACGUAAUGGUUUCCCAGGGUAGCCAGACGUUGGUACAUUAGCUCCACGACAAGCAGCUUGAAACUUUUCAAUGCUGAAUACAUCACUAAAGUGUCACCCAAGACUAUGGGAGUGAUGGAGAAGAUACUGCUGUUUGCCAGGGAGAUGUAUGUGGGGCGGGAAGCAGAUGGAUUCAGAACCAGGAAUCCUAAUCAUGCUCUGCUGAAGUCUUUCAUGGAACAGGUCACCAAAGCCUUGCAGUCACACACUGAGGUCACUGUCUGCUCUGGACCCGAUUUUGUGAGGCCACUCGCAGGCAGCGAUCCAGUUGAAGAAGCUGAGCACAAUGAGCACAACCUCUCACCUGCCGACAGUGAUCUCCACCAGGAGAUCAUGCGAUACAACAUUGAUCCAUGCCUGGCCAGCUUCACGGAGGGAGAUGACAUGGUGGAGUGGUGGGCUCACGUCUUGGCCCAAACACUGUAUCCAGCCCUGGGUAAUGUGGUGAAAGGUGCCCUCUCUGUCUUUCAUGGUCCCAGGGUUGAAUCUUCAUUUAGCUGGAUGAACGACAUCAUUGAUACACGAAGCACCAACAUGAACAUCUCAACUUUCAAUGCAAUACAGACUGUGAAGUACACCCUGCAGACCAGGCAGAAGAUCGCAGUGGAGAUGUUUAAACGGGAGGAUGCAAGGUUUGGAGAGGUGGACCGAAGGCUCUGCAGAAACAUCAGGUCAGCAGGAACAGUAGACAAGACCCGGUGGCAGCGGAGUCUGCUGGAAGACCGAAGAUGACAUCUCGGGUAUGGCUGUCAGCCAUCUGGAAGUGCUCAGGAGAGCAAGACGGCGGCAGCUGAAGAGGAGAAGAGGGCAAGGCGCAAGCCUGCCGCAGAACAGCGCAAGCCGCCGCUUGAAAUACUUGUCCAGGUUAUGAAAAAGAAGUAGGGGCAAGCCCUCUCCUUCCCUCCAGUACUCUCCCUUUGUCAAAUAAAUCCCAAAUUGUUCCUGGCCUAGGACGCAGUAUCCGAGGCCUGUUUUCUGCCACCAUUUACCUUCAUUUGAUGGGCUAUGUUUUUAUGUUUGUACAACACUUUAAGAAAGUGUUGUGAAAAUGUAUGUGGGUAUAGGAAAGAGUUCUAUUUGAGUUUCGUUUAACUUUCCCUCAGAAAUGUUCUGUCCUGUUGGGCAGUACAGCAUCAGAGGGACUGUUCCUGAUUAUCUUGAAAUAACUCCAUCCUUUGAGAAAUAUUGAUGUGGUAUUAUAUUGACAUACAAAAAUGUAUGUGGUAUUAUAUUGACUCGACUACAUGAACCAGUAUAAAAUAUGAAUGUAUUGUUUAUUUUGUGGACUUGAGUGUCAUGUGCAGUAAAGUAUGGCAACAAAUAACAUUGGAUUGUUUUCCUUAAAAUCUUUACCUGUGAGUUAAGUUCACAUUAACCACUUUUUAUUUUACACACAGAGACCGAUCAUGUGGAUCAUAUUCUUUGUUGUUUAAUUAGUACACAGUUAAGCUGCAUUUCAAGAAGGGAUUCAGCCUAAAAGUCACUAGAAAUUUGAAUUUUAAAGCUGAUUUACAAUAAACAAAAUCCACUUAGCAGGGAUGUUUUGUGUAUUUCAGUGCAAAGAAAAUUUCACCUUUUUGGGCCCUCACCGGUUUGCAUCCCUGCCAUUGUAAAGCAUGGAGAAUGAGUUGGGUGUGGGGGUGCUUUGCUGGUGACACUGUCAGUGAUUUAUUUAGGAUUCAAGGCACACUUAACCAGCAAGGCUACCACAGCAUUCUGCAGCGAAACGCCAUCCUAUCUGGUUUGCGCUUAGUGGGACUAUCAUUUGUUUUUCAACAGGACAAUGACCAUACCCACCUCCAGGCUGUGUAAGGGCUAUUUGACCAAGAAGGAGAGGGAUGGAGUGCUGUAUUAGAUGACCUGGCCUCCACAAUCGCCCACCCUCAACCCAAUUGAGAUGGUUUGGGAUGAGUCGGACCGCAAAGUGAAGAAAAAGCAUCCAACAAGUGCUCAGCAUAUGUGGUAACUCCUUCAAGACUGUUGGAAAAGCAUUCCAGGUGAAGCUGGUAGAGAGAAUGCCAAGAGUGUGCAAAGCUGUCAUCAAGGCAAAGGGUGGCUACUUUGACGAAUCUCAAAUUGAAAAUACAUUUUGAUUUGUUUAGCACUUUUUUUUGGUUACUACAUGAUUCCAUGUGUUAUUUCAUAGUUUUGGCGUCUUCACUGUUAUUCUACCAUGUAGAAAAUAGUAAAAAUAAAGAAACAAUGUUGAAUGAGUAGGUGUCCCCGAAACAAUGGACUGGUACUAUAUAUCUUUUACAAAUGUUAGAAUUCGUAUUCCACUUUGACGUUAAGAGUAUUUUGUGUAGAUCGUUGACAAGAAAAUUACAAUUAAAUCAAUUUUAAUACCAUGUUGUAGCACAACAAAAUGUGUAAAAAGUCAAGGUGUGAAUAGUUUCUGAAGGCACUGUAUAUGGCCAUAUAUGGUGUGUACAUUACAUGAUCUAACUGACCCAAAAUGACCCCUCAUCUGACCAGAAAAGUGUUUAGCAGCCUGAGAAGGCUGUGGUUGCACAAUGCAUUCUGAGAAUGUCAUCGCAGUUGAUAGGUCAUUUACGUAGCUGUUUUUAAUUUAUGUUAUCCAGGCCUUUUGUCCUGGCUCUGUUGUUGAACCAGAUGCUUACUAUAGGUUCGGUUGGUUCUGGGUUUACGGCUGUUUUGGGAGCCGAGGGUAUUUGAGAUGCGUGUGUGUUUAGUCAGUGUAUAUAGUUAAACAUUCCCCCUGUGU